AUACGAGACGUGGAGGUCAGACGCGAAGACAGGCUCCACGAAGGAAGACGUUCGGAACAGAGAGCGUUAGGCUCGCUGUUUAUAAAUGAGUAUAAGACUCAUUUUGUCGAAUGUUACGUUUUACUGUAGAAGCAUAAGGCUUCUCAUUGUUCAGGCGGCGAAUAUAAGGUUCGCUGGCCAUUUAGUGAGUAUAAGACUCACGAAACGAGGAACCAGUAGGAGGGUUCGGAAAUCAUAAUUUUCGUAAUCAGCUCAUAAACAUUUGGACAAACAAAAGGUUGUUUAUCUGAAUUUCGACCCAAUCAUCCUACGUUCCAGCACCACAUUACGAAGGUUCGAAAAUUAUGUUGCUGUAUCACUACGAAAGUUAAGUGCUGUAACAUUACAAAACUUAGGAAAGCUGUGCAACUUGCCCGUGAGACCCACUUUAUUUGCUGCUGACCUGUACAUUUAAGGACUAGGAAGAUGGACAAGGAAAAGGUCCCACAAAAUGCCCGAUCCCGAAGGAGGAGGAGUGUGUGCAAUAACAAGCAAAGAAAAGUAGCUUGAAUUCGAGAGGUGCGGAAGUGAACCCGCCGUGAGAAGAAGAGUGUCUCCACUAACCAGGGAAGCCUUCAUUUCGUAUUUGCAAAGGUAUGAAAAGGAAUUUAAGGAAUUAGCUAAGAAACUUAAAGAGCAAGUUAAAGUGAUUGAUGAAAAAUUAAUAAUAGGUGUUUCCAAUGAAGAGAUCAAGCUAGAACACCAUAUAUUCUUAUCAUAUGUAGAUCAGUUUUAUACUGUUAAAGAAAACGUAAGUAGCUUGUUAGAAAGAACAGGAUUCUCAGUAAAAAAUUAAGACUAUGAGGAACACCAAAAUUGCUUGAAUGAUAUGGAAGAAAUAGAAUAGUAUGUCCAUGAAAAUAAUGCAAGGUUCGAAAAGUGGCUACAAAACCCAAGCAGGAAAAUGUCAAGACCAAGCCAAUGUGAGAAGUGAUCAUUUGGUCGAGCAUGAGUAAAAGUAGUGUUGCAGAAAGUGUAACCCAAGCAAUGCAUAAUCAUCAAAUGAAAGGGAACGUGCAAUGAAAAAGGAGAAAGAUAUAUUAGAGUAUGAGAAAGAGAAGCAGUUAAUUAAAAAUGAAAGAGAUGUAGCUCACGCUAGACUUAACGUGGCAAAGAAAAUUAAAAAAGGUUCCAAAAUUAGUUCUUAUGAUCAAGAGCAAUCUAAAAUUCCAAAGGUUGAAGGGUUUAGUGAUCCUUAUGAUUCCAGGCGAUACGGCUUACGUGGCAACAGGACACAUGAUGAAGACAAAUAUCAAGGCUGGAGUGUAAAUACCUUUAAAUAUGGAGACCUACCAGAUAUGCCCAAUUCAAAUUUCAUAGCAAAAAGGGACUCAUUCGUCAAAGAUAUACGAAAAUCCAAUAUGGAUAUUAAGCCAUUUGAUGGUAACCCUCUUGACUUCAAUAGAUUUAUGAGACAAUUUCGAAGAAAGGUACUAAACUACUGCACUUCCUAUGAUGAACAGUUAAACUACUUAGAACAAUUUACCUCAGGGGAAGCAAAAGAAAGAGUACAGGAAUUUACGAGCAUGAAUCCAGAAAGGGGGUAUGAGGCAGCCUUGAAAGAACUUGAGGACUGUUAUGGGAAUAAUGACGUUGUAGCCCAGGCUUAUAUCAGGAAGGCUUUAGAUUGGCCAGUAAUUAAGGGAAAUGAUGUAAAAGCUCUUGACAAAUUUUCCCUAUUUCUCACAAGAUGUAAGUAUGAUAUAUUAAGUAUGGAUUCAGUUAAAAUUUUAGAAAACCCAGAUAACAUGAGAAAACUUGUUAUGAAAUUGCCAUACAGAAUGCAAGAAAAGGUGGCGUACAAUUAUCUGCGAGAAGGGUGAUGCCUC